GAGUAUGGCUUUCAAGAAAGUUCUCAUUCAUAUUUGAGGCGAGCCCUACAAAAUUGGCUGUCUUUAUGCAGGCACUAUAUGCACAUUCAAUCACCCCAUGCAUGCAUGUAGAGAGUCAUGCAAAGAUGGCGUAUAAGGACCUCCACCUCAAGUGAAAGUUUGAGCUGGGCAUCUGCAAGACUCUCCCUUCUUUUCACGUUGUUGCCUUUGUUGAUUCUCACCAUUAACCAUUAAAGAAGGUAGAAAUUUUUGGUGGGUUGGUAUCUCUCUCUCUCUCUUUUUGUGUACAAAUAGAGAUGGGAGGGAGAGGAUGAAUUGUAUCAGAAAUUUGAGAGAGAGAGAGAGCUGUGAGUUGAGUGAGAAGAGUUGUUCUCCUCCUCUGUUUUGUUUUGCUCUGGUUUAGUGAAACUCUCAUUUUUGCUCUGUGGACGUAGGCAUUGGGCCGAACCACGUAAAUAUUGUGUUCUCUGUGUGUGUGAGAUUAUUUUCUGGGUGUGUUUGAUUCUAACAAAGUGGUAUCAGAGCCGGUUUGUGCGUUUUCGAAAAAACAGAGUGUGAUUCUCAAAAAUUGCCCAAAAAUCAAAGUGGUCGAAAUCCACUUGUCAUCACACCAGGUUGAAGUACUCGACGAGACGAGCACAGAGGUGAAAGCAGCGUAAAAAAAGAAGCCUGAAUGAAGCCUCACGUGCCACCUGAUGCCGUUCCUAUACGCGCCAACGCGCCCACGCGCCUCUAGAGGAAGAAGACGCGUGAUCUCAUGCGCAAGCACGUGCCAUGCGCACGCACACCAGACGAUCUGAUGUCAUUCGCUGAUGUCAUCUGAGCCGCUGACCAAGCCGAGCCGUCCAAGCCGUUGACUAGAGCUGCUGACCAAUCCGAGCCGCCACCAAGCCGAGCCGCUGAUGCCACGCUGACGUCAGCCAAUCCGGAGGAAUUAUCUAGUGCUUCUCAGCCGCACCAGAUUUUGCCGAUUUGAACCGUUCAACCUCUACCUCAAGUGAAAGUCUGGGCAUCUGCAAGACUCUCCCUUCGUUUUACGUUGUUGCCUUUGUUGAUUCUCACCAUUAACCAUUAAAGAAGGUAGAAAUUUUUGGUGGGUUGGUAUCUCUCUCUCUCCCUUUGUGUAUAAAUAGAGAUGGGUGGGAGAGGAUGAAUUGUAUCAGAAAUUUGAGAGAGAGAGAGAGCUGUGAGUUGAGUGAGAAGAGUUGUUCUCCUCCUCUGUUUUGUUUUGCUCUGGUUUAGUGAAACUCUCAUUUUUGCUCUGUGGACGUAGGCAUUGGGCCGAACCACGUAAAUAUUGUGUUCUCUGUGUGUGUGAGAUUAUUUUCUGGGUGUGUUUGAUUCUAACAAAGUGGUAUCAGAGCCGGUUUGUGCGUUUUCGGAAAAACAGAGUGUGGUUCUCAAAAAUUGCCCAGAAAUCAAAGUGGUCGAAAUCCACUUGUCAUCACACCAGGUUGAAGUACUCGACGAGAUGAGCACAGAGGUGAAAACAACAUCAAAAAAGAAGCCUGAACGAAGCCUCACGUGCCACCUGACGCCGUUCUUAUACACGCCAACGCGCCCACGCACCUCCAGAGGCAGAAGACGCGUGAUCUCAUGCGCAAGCACGCGCCAUACGCACGCACACCAGACGAUCUGAUGUCAUUCACUAACGUCAUCUGAGCCGCUGACCAAGCUGAGCCGUCCAAGCCGUUGACUAGAGCCGCUGACCAAUCCGAGCCGCCACCAAGUUGAGCUGCUUAUGCCACGCUGACGUCAGCCAAUCUGGAGGAAUUAUCUGGUGCUUCUCAGCCGCACCGGAUUUUGCCGAUCUAAAUCGUUCAACCUGUUGUGGCUUGAUCUGAGCCAUUCAGAGUCCGUUUUUUAUGAUCCAAUAGUGCUUUCCAACUAUUUGGAAUAUUCCAGACACAUCCAUACAGUCAAAUUUUUCAAAUCAGAAUUCAAAAAUUUGCAGUCUUUAUUUUGGAAAUCCGAAGUGUUUUUCGGGCUAAUUUGACCAAUCCGAACUCAACAACGAAGCCUGAUUUUCAGACAAAGAUCAUUUUCUGUAAAGAGAAGUGUUGAUAGAGGAAUCAACGUCGACUUCGGGAUCCAUGAUAAAGUUGACUGCUUCUAACUAUGCAAUCUAGAAGCCUAGAAUGGAGGAUGUCUUGUAUUGCCGAGAUUUGUUUGACCCUAUUGAGCUUAAUAGACUUAAACCAGUAAUAGAAAGUGACGAAGACUAGUGUUGUCAAAGUCGCGCCUAGGCGCACGCCUAGGCGCAAGGCGAGUCGAGGCGCACCAUCUGCGCCUGUACAGGUACCAGGCGAGGCGGCUUGAGCCAGGCGAGCGCCUUAGCCGCGACUUUAGAAAGGCGAGAGAGGCGCAAGGCCCUCGCCUAGGCGCGACUGAGCGUUUAAUCUGUAGAUCAGAUUGAACGACUUAGAUUCGACUCAGAUGAACCUUUCGAAUGGCUCAAAAUCACAGAGGAUCAGAACUCAUGUACCAUAUCAGCCGAAUAGGACUCAGAUUAACCCUAAUCGAAGUCGUCUCUCCCUCUUUUGCCUCGCAAUCGACUUCGAGCUGCUGGAGCUAGACUUGGUCUGCGACUACGACUGCGACACAAGAGCUGGACUUCGACUGCGACACUGGAUCGACUUCGGCUGAGCAGGUUACAUGGUCUCGACUGCUACUUUAUCACAUAGACUGGGUGGUCUCUAUUGCCUUCACUGCCUCUAUGAUGUUCAACCAUUCAAACCUCCAUUCAAAAUUUAUCUCUCUAUUGGGGAGCUGAAGAGGCUCAAAAACCUUCUUGUUGAUGCGAAAGGAAAUAACAUAAAAGUAGUAUCUGCUUUGGUCAAAAGGAUGUUGGAAAGGAACGUGUUCCUUUUUGGGUUUUUGGACAUAAAUGAAGGCUCUGUAACAGAGAGAAUAAAUGAACUCACAGAUAUACAGAAUGCCCGCAUUCAAGUUUCCCAUAAAAAGUUAUUUUCAAAUACACAGAUUGAGCAGUUCAUCAACAUGGACCUGGGUAUGGAACUCGAAGUCAAUGCUUUGAAGAAAAUGUCAACAGAAUAUGCAGCGGCCAGGGAAAUAGCCAUCAGUGAUGCUAGUGAGGUCAUGGAUGUCCAAAACAUAAAGCACAUAACAGAAACUAAGAGACUGAUCGGAGAUGUGGUGGAGAAGACUGUGCAAGACUGGAAUGUCCAGAAAGAAUUGUUUUGUCAGCAAACGGGGCUGGACCACCGUGAUGACCAAGGACCUCAACAACCACAAGACAACGAAAACUUUGGACAACGGAAAGAUGAUGUGAACUUUGAACAGGAAGGCGAUGAACAUUUUGAACAGCAGGAUGAUGACGAAAACUUUGAACCGAAAGAUGAUGAAAAGUUUGCUGAGGAGCUGGAACAAUGGAUGCUGUCUGUUGAGGAACUGUAACAAGAGAUAAAUUGUCUGGUGAAGAACUUGAACAAUAGGUACUGUUUUGUGAAGAGCUGUAACGAGUCCGUGCUCAAGGGUCAAUCAAACUACGGACCAUGGAUGUGAAGCAGGAAUAUAAUCUCAUGGUUUGCGGAACAGAGAAUUUUUUUUGACACGGUUGAGGAAGGUGUUCAUCUGAAAGGACUGAGGACAGUUGCUGAGUGAAUUUUUAUCAGACUGCGUUUGUUAUUUCAUUUGGUUCUUGAAUGUGUAAUCUGAUACUAGUUUAUGAUGGUUGGAGCUUAGGUAUGUAAAUCAGAAAUUGUUGCUUAUUUGAAGAAGCAAGUAUUAGAUUUCUAUGUAUAUAUACAUCUUGAACCCAUUUUGUAUUUAUUAAAGGGUUAUGACAAUGAAGGAAAUUAGUUUUGAAGUUUUGCUA